AUGAAAGCCCAAAACAGGAUGAGCAGAAUCUAUAAUACAUACAAAGAAGCUAAAAAGGCGAAGAGAUGGGAUGCUGUUAGAGAAUGUUACCUUGAUCCCAAAGGAAACAUUGCAGUUGAUCCAGAUUCUAUUAGUGUUGAUGCUCUCAUCCAGCAAAUUGCUGAAGAAGAAGAAGGAGAUCAGAGAUUGUGGUGGGGAGGAGGAGAAGAGAAAGAAAAAGAAAAAGAAAAUGAGAAAGAGCCGCAGACAAAGAAAGUUGAUGACAUGAUUAUUGACACGCCACAGGAGUUUACUGCUGAAAAUUUGAAGAAGAUGGCUGACAAAGUACUUGCUGCAAAAGAGCUAGAGGUAGUUUCUGGUUCUAGAACUGAGUCUAAAAGCAAGGUCAGUCAGAAUGAUGCAAUCAAUGAAUCAGGUAAGAAAGCUAAAACUGAGAGCGACUGCAAAAAUUGCAUGAAAAAUUGGAAGGAGCUUCCAAGAUCCUUUUCGCAAUGUAUUAUGGAUAGUGGAGCUUCUCAGCACAUGACGGGGAAGAAAACCCUGUUGUACGAUGUUAGAGGGUUUAAUGGAGGAUAUGUGGGUUUUGCAGAAAAUCAAGGUGGUCGAAUAGUUGGUGAAGGAACUCUAUCUAAUGGUAUUGUCACAUUUGAAAGAGUGAACUACAUCGCCGAGCUAGAGAAUAAUCUUCUGAGCAUAUCUCAGAUCUGUGAUAGAAUGUAUACAACGCACUUUGCAGACAAAUAA